AUGGCGGCGCGGCUCCUCGUGCUCGCGGCGGCGUUGUUGGGGGCAGCGGCCGCCGAAGCUGUUGCUGCUGCCGCCGCCGCCGCCAACGAGACGGCCACGGCCGCGGCGGCCACGGCCCCGUCGGGGCGCGGAGGCCACAGCCAGGGGGUCGCGCCGGGCCCCGCCGCCGCCGCCACGACCGCCCCGCCCGCCUCCUCGCCCUCUUCGGGCCUGUUCGGGCUGGGGCUGCCGGCCCUCCAGCGGGCCUUCUAUGUCUUCUUAGCCUUCGCCGGCCUGGCCCUCCUCUAUUACCUCGGCGGCCGAGUGUUGCGCACAAGGAAGCCUGCACGGAAAAAAUACGGUCUUCUCUCUAACUCUGAAGAUAACGUGGAGAUGGCUUCUCUGGAGAGCGAUGAGGACACACUAUUUGAAACAAGGAAUCUGAGGCGAUGAUGACGGGACCCAGUGGCUUGACAGCCUAGACUCGACCAGAGAAAGCGCAGAUCUGCCA